AUGUCAACCGACGAUGCCGUGGAAAAGGCGAUGCAGGACUACGAGUCUGCUGUCAAGGUCCAUCUCGUCAAUGUAGCAAAAAAGGCGUCGACUCUCCGAUCCUUUUAUGGCGGCGCUAGGUUCAAGCAAGACAAGUGCGACUAUAGAGAGGCCCUGCGGCAUGACCUUGAUAAGGCUACAACCGCGAUCCUACAGAUGCGGAAGCAUGUCCCCGAUCGGCAACUAUCAGACAAGGAUCUCGCGGAUGUGCUCCACCAUCUUGAUGACGAUAUCAAGGGUUCCAUGGCAUUUUUCGAUGGAUUGCCGAAUGUAAAAGAAUACGAUUGGGCACCAUAUCUGCGACUCAUGGACGAGGUAAAUAAGCGACCGGAGAUUGAGCGCAAAACGCUCCUAAAAUCCAAGUCGUUGACGAGGCGUCGGAAGAAGAUCGCCAGAUCUCUCUUCGAACGAGGAUUUCUGAAUUUGAAUACUCUGCCGGACGACAAGCGUAAUGCCUUUCUGCAGUCGCCACUCGUGAUCGGGAUAGGUAAUGGUGAUUUCCGUGGUUGGAAAGGUCAGAGCCACGGCGGUAGCCAGUUUACCAGGAACUUAAUGCGACAGGCAAGCAUUGAAGACUUUUCUAAGAGAAGCGAGUGGCAAUUGAAUGAUUCUAAUAUUUUGGCUUCCCCUGGCAUUACUAGACUCGGGAUCUCGUCAAGGACUUGGCAAGGAGCAAGAAGUCACCAGUGGUGA